AACCAUUGCAUCCAUCGUUAAACAGUGCAUUUUAUCAUGGGUCUUUUCAAGGCCCGGCAAGGACUCGAAAGUKUAUCUUUUGUACUUUCAGGCUAAUUCGAUUGCUUUAGAAUGUUUGACUUAAAAUACUGUGGAUGUGGACAAAGCCCAACGCCUGAUGGAACCGAAGGAACUGUUACAGUUGGUUGGUUCCAGGGAGAAAACAAAGUAGUACACGGCUGUAUUGUGAAAAAUGACGAAAAGUUCAGGGAGUUGGUAAAUUUUGAGGAAGAGAAACCAAAAUAUUUUGCUUAUAUCCCUCGUGUUGAGAUGAACUCAAAUGAGACCUUUGAGAUUAGUGUUCAUCGUUUUACACAUACUAAAUCGCCUAAAAAAUGUAAAGUUCGAAAUUUACAGAAUGUCAAGAAAUUAGAUGUGCACGACGAUCAUGGUUACAUAUUUGUACCAUGUGAAGAUGAGUCAGAAAAAAAGACCAAAAAAUUCAACAAAUCACGUUUUUUAAAGAAGCAUAGCAAAAGUAUCAUAGAAAUUCCCCCUGAUGAUGUAUGUAAGAGUGGAAAUGUUAUGGGAUUGAGACAGAUAGAGAACUCAGAUAGAGUACGCAUAAACAAGUUCUUUAGCUUUGAGAUUAAAGCUAGCAGUCCUAAUGGAAGUAGACAUUACAUUAAAGACAAUGAUUUCGAUAAGCUAGAAGACACCGGUCCACUUCUUACGAAAAACAAUCUAGUUGGAUAUUACGAAGUCAAGUCAAGGAACGAAAUCAAGAUUUAUACUUUUAGUUCAGAUCACAAAGAACCAAGAAUUGUACUCGCAGAAAGAGCUUUAUCAACUGAAAUGUCAGACUCCACCGAUGUUGGCAUUCAAGAAACUAACGAUGAGACUACGGAUAACCAGGAGACAAACCUACAACCGUCAACCGACGCCAAUGUCCAGGGCAGCCAAACAGAUAGACCAAACAUCUCAAGCUCAAGAGAUCCGAUCCAAUAUAAUGAGGCAUUAUCAGAAAACGAUGAACGUCAAAAUCAGACAAGCGGAUCUUCAGGGAAUAAUGACCAACCACAAUUGCCAGAUGGACACAACGUAUAUCAGGAAGUCAUUGCUAAGUUUGGAGGGCAAGAUGUAAUAGAAACUGUGGAUCGCAAAUCAUUUGCUGAAGAGGCUGCUAAAUACCUACAGCCAGAAAGUACAUCGGUCGAAACUCCAGCACCCACUGAAAUUAUGAAGAAGCAGUGUCGAAAACUUUGUCUCACUUUGAAACAAAAAGGAAGAUCAGACAUCGUUGAAGAGUUGAGAAAGAUAUUACGGACAAGUGGAAUGACAGGGCCGCUUCAACACGACGAGAAGAUGGUGUUUCGAGAAUUGCCUAUAAAGGCCCAACAGGAUUUGUUCCAAGCUAUAAAUGUAUGCUUUGUCGGCUUUCCCUCCCAUGUAGAGCUUCAGAAAGGACUUCACUGCAGUCGUGAAGCUGCGAAAGUAGAUGACGAUACUCUAUUGCAGAGAUUGGUUACAGAGUUAUUGGGUAAAUCAUCAACUCAGACACACCAUUAUACGAAAAAGGGGAAUGCCGCUGAGACAAUACUUCACGAAUUCUGUCAAAAGCGAAGACUAUUAGUUGGCGAGUUAUAUGAUAUUCUUGUCAAAAGGGAUGCUGCUGCAUUGGCUGAUGAAUACUUGUAAACAAUCAUUAUGCUCCUACAAUUACAGAAUCUCCCCGGAAUGGAAGUCUUUGUGAACGAGAGCACUUACUUCAGAAUUCUCCUCCUUUUCCUUUUUCACUCAUGGAUACUCGAUGCGUAGAAACGAGUUAUUAGAGUGAAGCGAGAUCUAGUGUUUUGUGAUAAUAAUCCUACGAGGAUGACUAAACUCUCGUGCUGACUUAAGAUACUGGCAUAAUGUCUCAAUGUUCCAAUGCUGAAGCACCAGACAGUACUCUACUCUAGAGUUUUGUGUUUUCGGUGUAUUACAAUUUAUUACACCUUAGUUAUUACACUUUGUUUCACGGGUUUUUGAAAACCACUCUAUUUUGUUGUUAGUGUAGAUACUGUGUGAAUUGAAUGGAAUUUUAUUAGUGUUCUAUUGUGAAUUUGCCAUAGAAUUUAUAUUGAUAUUUUGUAGAUAUAAUAGAACAAUAAUGCAUUGUAUUAGGUUCCACUUAUAAUUAAUAAUGGUAAUUGAACUGAGUGGAGUGCAAUUUGGUCUGAAAUCAAACGCGCGAUUACAAAAUCGCACGACCGCGUAGCGGGAGUGUGAUUCGUAAUUGCAAGUUUGAUUUCAGACCAAAAUUGCACGACACGAAGUUCAAUUACCACUUAAUCAUAUCCUUUUUGUAUCAUACAUAAGAAAAAGGCACAAUAAAGAGUGCAGAAUAAUCAGUUUAAUGUAGUAGAAGAACUAAAUGCGAACAAAAAAAACAUCUAAAAAAACUUUUUUUUAUUUUUUAUUUUUAUUUUAUUGUUUAAAAAAAAAUUUUUUUUAGAAUGCGAUUAAGAGCUCCUAAGGAUGCGAUUUGGGAAUUAAUCGCACUCCUUUGAACCAAUCAGAUUGCAGGAUUUGGUAGUGAUUACGAAAAGGAUGUGAUUAAAAUUGUUAUUUAGCUUAGUAUACUGUAUUUUUAUGUAACAGUACAGGGUAAACAUAAUUAUUUAUACUGACAUAUAUUGUAAAGCGCCUUGAGCAUAGGAUAAGUGCGCUAUAGAAAUAAAGUUUAUUAUUAUUAUUAUGACAGCAGUGUUAAACUUUAGUAUGCUCCAUACUAGUGGCACAGUAGGGCUCAAAGCGUAACCUAAAGGCCAAUCUAAACCUAAAAAGCUUCUAAUUACAAUGAUGUUGAUGAUGAUGAUGAUAAUGAUGAUGAUGAUGCAUGAUGAUGAUGAUGAUGAUGUGAAUAAAAAUCGCUCAAAAUGUCUUAUAA